AUGCUUGAAAAUUCGGGAGUCAAUAAAAGUAGAAAAAUACUUAAAAAUGUAGUUUACGUUAGAAUUACUGAUUUGGGUGUGUCUAGAUACAUAGCCAUGAUAAUGCUCAAGAUAAAGAACGGUGAAGUGUAGAUAGAAUCAUACAUUUUUGCGUUGAUUACUUUGUAAACCUUUAUUACUUAUGUAUAAAAUAAUAAAUUGAAUUUGUAGCGAUCUUAAGAUAAAUCUGAUUCUAGAUACAUAUCUAUUUAAAUUAAGAAAAUAAGGAGUUAAUCGAAUAGAACCCUCUGUUUUUUAGAAGAAACUCAAUGGAGAGUAUUAAUUUACUAAUAUGAUGCAUAAUUUAAUGGAUGUGAUCUUAAUAACUUUACUUAUACAAGCGAGCCAAUCAAAUAACAACUUAAUUAUAUUAAUUAUUGA